AUGCGGUUCUCUUCUCUUGUUGCAGUGGCCAUCUUGGCGCUUGGCGAAGGGGGGCUUUGCGACCGCCAAGAGAGCCAGUUAAACAUGUUUUCUGGCAGUGCUGCCGGUCGUGCCGCAGCUCUUGUUAAGCCGAAUACCGACAAACCUACUGUCACCAAGAGGCAGAUUAGCUUCGAGGGCGGAGGCAUCAACAUCGGCGGCCCGGGAGGGCUUCAGCUCGGAGGCAAGGGCAAGGGACAGGGCCAACAAGCUGGAGCUGCAGGAAACCAGACGGCUAAUGGAAAUGGCGGUCUGUCUGCUCCCGGGCUCCAGCUGGGAGGCAACAAGCCUGCGGGAGGAACUGGUAAUAGUGCACUUGAUGCGUUUCUGAAUGCCAGCCAAGGCAAGAAGAACGGCACCGCGAACGCCGGUCAAGGCGGCGAAGCGGCUGGCGGGGGCGGUCAAAAGGCUGGUAAGGGUAAAGGAGAAGGCGGUCCUGCUGCCAACCCUGGCGAAGCUGCGAAGGCAGAGCAAGGUCUCGGAGCGAACCCUGGUGAGGCGGCAAAGGCGAAAGAGGCCGCAAAGGAGGCAGAACGCAAAGGGAAAGGCAACGGCAACGCAGGUGAAGCCGCCAAGCCAGCUGGCGAAGCAGGCCAGCCUAAAGCCGUCCAAGAGUCAGAACAGUUCAAGGACAACGCCGGUAUUACAAUUGGAGCUGAUGGCCAGGUCCAGAACGUCGGAGGCAACUUGGGCAUCACCAAGGGAAGUGAUGGUAGUACCUCGGUUGGCGGCAAGUCGGGUAUCAACAUUAGCCCUGGUGGUGAUCGUGGAAAAGGCAAAGGCAAAGGAAAUGGCGGACAGCAAGCUACUCCUCCGCCAGCUGGGGAAGGACAGCCGGCAGCCCAGCCCCCACCGGCCGAGCCCCAGACACCUCCGCCGGCAACUCCGGCUGAGGCUCCCGGAGCUGCCCCACCGGCCGCUCCAGCCACGGAAGCUUAA